AUGUCAAUCUUCACCGUUUUGGUUUCUGGAUUUGCUCUACAAAAGCUUCCUCUUUUACAGUUCGACGAAGGUUACACACAGCUAUUCGGUUCUGGGUUUGUCUCAAAUGAUAUUUACUUACAUGGGUUCUUCAGUUCUUCUAUCAAAUUGCCAUCUGAUUACUCUGCAGGAGUUGUAAUCGCCUUUUAUUUGUCAAAUGGAGAUAUGUAUGAGAAAAAUCAUGACGAGAUUGAUUUUGAGUUUUUGGGGAACAUUAGAGGCAAAGAAUGGAGGAUUCAGACCAACAUAUACGGUAAUGGAAGCACACAUUUGGGCAGAGAAGAAAGAUGUAAUCUCUGGUUCGAUCCAACAGAGGAUUUUCAUCAGUACAGUGUCCUUUGGUCUCUUUCUCACAUCAUAUUUUAUGUAGACAAUGUUCCGAUCAGAGAGGUUAAACGAACGGCGACAAUGGGCGGUGAUUUUCCGGCGAAGCCAAUGUCUUUAUACGCAACCAUAUGGGAUGGUUCCAAAUGGGCGACUAAUGGAGGCAAGUACGGUGUAAAUUACAAAUAUGCCCCUUACGUGGCUCAUUUCACCGACCUGAUCCUCCACGGCUGCACCGUAGACCCAACCGAGAAGUUCUCGAGCUGCGAUGACGGAGCAGCCGAGGAUCUUCGGCUAGCGUCGGAGAUAACGGUGUCGCAAAGGAGUAAAAUGGAGAGUUUCCGGCGGAAACAUAUGACUUAUUCGUAUUGUUACGACCAUAUGAGGUACAAGGUGGUUUUGCCGGAAUGUUUGGUGGAUCCGGCGGAGGCUAAGCGUCUCAGGGUUUAUGAUCCGGUUACGUUCGGUGGAAUUCCUCACCGUCAUGGGAAGCGCCGGAGCAGGAGCCGGUUCGCCGGAAGUGGCUCGAUAUGA